AUGACACACAAUGAUUUCACUCCUACUCAAUCACCAUUAGAAACUUCCAAAACAGUAGUUGACUCACAAAAUGAUUAUUUUGAUCCAAGAAAUAUAAAUGAUAUAAUCACUAAUCCAAAUGUUGGUUCAAGUUCAAGAAACAUAAUUAAUGAAGAUGAUGAUUUGAAUUCACAAUCUGGCCAUAAAUCCAAAAAACAUAAUGAUAUAAAUGAACAUGAUAUUGAAUUACAAUCAAUUUCAUCAAAUGAUACAGUUAGAAACCAAUCACCAAAUACUCAAGAUGAUAAAAAUGAUUCUAAAGAAGCAAUGUUUGCCAAUGAUGAUAUUGAUUAUCCUGAAGGUGGUCUCCAGGCUUACUUAGUGGUAUUUGGUGUAUUUAUGGGUCUUACACCAACUUUUGGUAUAUUAAACACAUUAGGUGCUAUUGAAACUUAUAUUUCAGAAAAUCAAUUAAAUGAUAUUCCAUCAUCAACAACAUCAUGGGUUUUUUCAGUUUUCCUUUUUGUUAAUUUUACAAGUUGUAUCUUUUCAGGUACAUUUUUCGAUAGAAAUGGUGCAAGAAUUCCAUUGAUUGUUGGUACUUUAUUAUUCUGUGGUGGUCUUUUCGCUACUGCAAAUUGUAAAACAGUUUGGCAAUUCAUCCUUGCAUUUGGUGUGCUUUGUGGAUUUGGUAAUGGUACAACUUUAUCUCCAUUAGUUUCAGUGGUUCCACAUUAUUUCAAUAAGAGACGUGGAUUAUUUAUUAGUAUUGCAUCUACGGGGGGUUCUGCAGGUGGUAUUAUCUUCCCCAUCAUGUUAAGAAAAUUAUAUGAUACCGUUGGGUUUGCAUGGGGGAUGAGAAUUUUUGGAUUUGUUUGUUUAGCAUGUCAUUCAAUUGGUAUAGCAUUUGCUCGUGAAAGAUUACCACAUCAAAAAUCCAACAAAACAACUCUACAAAAAAUCUUAAGUUAUACAUAUGCAUUUGAUAUUAAUUCAUUUAAAGAAUGGAAAUUUGUAUUUGUUGUACUUGGUUGUACAUUUGCUGAAGUUUCAGUUACUACAACGGCAACUUAUUAUACAUCAUAUACAAGAGUCCAAGGAACAUCAUUAUCAACAGCAUAUUUAUUAACAACUUUGGUUAAUGUUGGUGGUAUUCCAGGUCGUUGGAUAACUGGUUAUUUAUCUGAUAAAAUUGGUAGAUUUAACGUUAUGAUUUUCACAUUAACAUUUACAUUCACUGUUGUAUUAGUCAUUUUAUUACCAUUUGGUCAUCAUCAAGGUGCAUUAUAUGCAUUCUCACUUAUAUGGGGGUUUGCCACAGGAUCAAUUUUUUCAUUAUUAUCAGUUUGUUGUGGACAAGUUUCCAAGACUGAAGAUUUUGGUAAAAGAUAUAGUACAAUGUAUUUUAUUGUUGCAUUUGGUACAAUGGCUUCAAUCCCAAUUGGAGGUGCUAUAAUUGGUGAUCGUUCUGUAGCUAGUUUUAAUCAUUUUAUGAUUUUUAGUGCUUUAACUGCUUUGGCUGCUGCUAUUUUUUAUUCUAUUGGGAAAUUUGUUUGUGUUGGGUUUGGUUUAAAGACAAAGUUUUAA